GACAAUCUAUUUUACAGGCCAAAGUAGCUUCGCCACUUGAGGAUUAGUCAAAAGCUGUUCUGGACUAUAAAAGGAGUAAAGGACCAUAGAUCAAAUACAUAUGCGGGGAUUGUUAUACUCCUUUUAUUCGUCCACUAGCAUUGUUCCCUCCAGAAUCUCUCCUUUAGUCUAUCAUUCAAGCACUUAUUCAGAUGCAGUCAACAUCAAUGCCAAAGGGUUCUACGACCAUUCCAGAAUCAUCUGAUUUACUUUAUCUGGCAAAAGCAUCAGUUUUUGUUUUAAAAAUAUCAGGUCAUUUCAAGAAAAAAAAGAAAGCGAUUUAUGCUUCAGGGUUUUCCAUUGGAGUUGAUGGAGUCCUGAUGACAUGCGCUCGUGUUUUGACUAAUAUCAAAUCUUUGAAAAUUGAAGUUCGUAGUCUGGAUGAAGAAGGGUUUAAUAGGACUGCAAAGUUGGUGCUUUUAUCAACUGAGUGGGAUUUGGCUUUGCUUGAAGUUGACAGAAUCAAUAGCUCUGCUUCCAUGACAUUGGCGAUGGAUGGAUCCAUAUCUGAGGGGGAGGCCCUAUUCCACAUAGGGCAUCCUCAUAACUUUAUUGGAUCAUUUUUGACAGGUAGGGCUGCAUAUUCUUGUGUUGAAAGCGUCAUCCUUCCAAGUGAUAGUUGUACUUGUGCGAAAUAUGCUUGUGAUCCUUUAGAUUCAACCCCUCGUUAUCGCAUUAUGUGCCACAUUUGGAAUGAUGAGGUGUUCGCGCAGUUUCAUGGUAAAGAAUUUCAGUUUGAAAAGAAUUUACACCCUCAUGUUCCCAUCAUAAAGUGUGCGGGAUUGAGUUGUGAAGAUGGUUGUUUAGGCGGACCAGUAUUUAAUGAUCGAGGUAAAAUUGUGGGAAUGAUGGUUGCUCAAGUGCAUGGAUAUCAAAUAUCUAUCCAUGUGACACUUUUGAGGUUCUUUGUACAACGCUAUAUCGAGCAACAAAAUGCUUGUAGUUCUAGUCUCGAUGUCAAGAGAAAGGAACCGAUGGAGGAGCUUGUUCCAAAGAAGAAGACACUUUGAUUUGUAUUCAGUGUAAAAGACACAAUGCUUAGACCACUUUAAAUAAAUCUCUCAAGAUGCCCGACGAAUCCCUUAUAUCUGCGCAAGGAACAAAAGGGAAGGAAAACUUACUCCCCUUCACAAAUCGUUACAAGAAGUAGGGCUAAACUUCUAGCCCAAGGCAGGAGGGUCACACCAAUUGGAUGGGAAGAGGAACAGGAACUGAUCGAUCCUCAGGAAUCUCAUGAACAAGAGUAUGACCAGUGGCAAGUUGCUUGGCCAAUUGAUUUUCUUAUCACCUUGGGUUUCCUCCAUUGCUAUUGGAGAGAUUUGGCUGGAAUAUUUGGGAGUACUCAUGCAACGGGAUGUUUGUAGAUGCUGAAUGAUGAUGGUCUAAUAGAGGAGGCCAUUUUGCUGACUGGAGGAAUGUAUCUGUUUUCUCAAUGUUUGGAGCUACUGCCUGGCCUUCACUCAGCUCCUUCUGAUUACACGCUCUUUGUUUCCUGUUCACUGUGGGUUUUCAUUCAAUGCUGUAGUUUCCUUUUUCCCAUGCUCUUGUUCACUGCAGCAGUUUCUUGAGAUUUGAAGCUUUAAUUUAUGUGGAUCUUUACAAGCUGAAGGGACAGAAUGCAAGACCAUCGGGCCAUGCUUCUUCUGUUAGGUUCUCGCUGCAUUUAGUUCUGUUUAAUGCUUUAUGGUGGUUUCUGUUUCUUUGGUUUGCACUUAUAAUAAUUUUAGGUCUGUUUGAUGGCUUGCUGUUUUGAUUCUUGGUCUCCUGUUGCUAUUUUGGGUUUUUGGUCUACUGCUUGAACAGAUUUCCUGCCUUACCCUUGGAUUUCCUCAGGGGAACUAUAAAUCACUACUUGAAGGGUUGGAUAUGCUGGGUCUAUCUCUUGUUGCCUUGGGUUUUUAGUCUCUUCUCUAUGCUCUGUUUUGCUACCUUACCCUUUGGUUGCGGCUUUUAGACAGGUCUUCUCAAACUGCGCCGGAUAACCAAGCAAAAGAAUAGUCUUGAAAAACAAUGGGAAUUCUGGCCAACUUUCAAAGGUCCUACUGGUUACGCAUUUGCAUGUGGAAGUAACAGAGGAAGGACAGUUUUUUAGGCAUCUUUCUGUUAGCUUAUUAGAUGAUAAGAAAGGGGUUGUAGGGUUUUUUUUCUUAUUGUCUCGUGGUGUUUUGGAGGGCACGUUUUGUAAUGUUUAUUUUCUUGCUUGGGCCUUUUUGUUGGGGUAGGCCACCCCCACCUUUGUACUCCUUUUUUUUAAUAUACUCUCUUUAAAAUU